AACAUAUUGACAAUACAUCGCCCUGCUUUGGACUUCUUUGUGACUAUUUCUGGUUGUUGCUGCAUUCUGGUUGCGUUGGAUCACGUUUUCAACCGUACCGAGCCAUUCAGCACCAAGAAAAUGAGUGCAAGCAAGUAACUGAUGCACCACUUGAGACGUCAGUCAUGUGGUUCAGUGUAGUUUUGGUGUUUCUUCCUAUCAUUGGUGGCGCGCGUGUGUACCUGGACAACGAUGGCCCGGCGGUGGUGGGGGCGCCCAUCAUGUUCACGGCCCGUGUCGAGCUGGACGGUGAUGAAGGCCGCCCCAGCGAGCUCAUAUACGAGUGGGCUGACAACGCGUCUCCCCAGCACUACAACAAGUCGGAGCCGACGUCGUCACUGCAGGCCACCAUGCUGGUGGUGUUCAACGUCAACGACCUGUUCGGCUACUACACGAUGACGGUGACGGUGAAGGAGCCGCGCACCAUCCUGCCCGACAGCGUCAUCGGCGAGCAGUCCACCCUGUACAGCAUCACAGUGAACCUGAACGGCCACAUCGAGCUGUCGCAGCCGGGCGUGUCGCAGCGCGAGCCGGGCCACGUCAGCACCGCCAACGAGACGCGCCUGACGGUGCGCUUCCGUGACCCGCACCACUUCCUCGACUCGGCCAGCAAGAUCGAGUACUUCUGGUCCGUCAACGACCGCCGAAACCUGGGGCCGUUCGUCCACCCCGACCUCAGCUACAACUUCACCAAGCUGGGCUCGAACUUCGCGCGUUGCAUCGCCGUGGCGCACUUCGACAAGAACGUGACGGCCGGCACCGGCAGCGACUCGAGCAAGUGGGGCCUGUUCUCGCUCAGCUUCCUCGUGGACGCGCCGAUCACGGUGGUGAAUGUGUCGGGCAACAACUGGCUGAAGCACGGCGAGCUGCUCAACCUGACUGUUCACUGCAACGGCACCGGGCCCUGGAACUACUGCGUCAACGUCUACAGCGGCCGCUACAACGUCACUGGGAACGAGACGUGCCCGUACCCGAGCGUCACGGCCGAGUGUAGCGUCGGCAUCGUGCGCUACCUGCGGGACAACGGCACCUACACGGCCGUCAGCGUGCUCUCAAACGCCGUCAGCCGGCGGGUGACGCCUGUCGCCAUCACCGUCUACACGGCGGCGCGCCAGUCGCAGCUGUCGUACUACAUCAUCCCGCUGAGCUGCGCGCUGGCCGCACUUGUCUUCAUCCUGUUCGGCUCCAUCAAACUGAUUCGGUCACGGCGAGACUACAACCUGGAGAUCGCCGACUUCGACUUCAGUCAGCCGGAGGCGCUGAACCACCCGUCGUUCGGGCGCCGGCUGCUGGCCAGCCUGUGGCCGGGAGGCGCGCGCCACGCCACUGGAGCCGCCGGCGCCGAGUCGGACGCCAUCCUGCCGCGCGGCCGCACGCACCGGCGCAGCUACGGCCUCGUCGAGGACUACGAGGAGGACUGACGCAGCACGGCGGGCGUGUGACGGCCGGUGGCGGCGGCGGCGGCUCGGAACGGCCGAGGGCACCCGGAGCCGGCACAGACUCGGUGUGGACUCACGUGGCGUCUCGGCAACAGAGA